AAAGCGACCAAAAGCAAAGGGACGCUCAGCAGCUGCACAGUGUUUUUCUUCCAAGUAUCAUUUACGCAAUAAACAUAAAAGGGAGCGCAGCUUGUUUAAAACAGGAUUAUUCAAGGGACACUGGACAUAAGGUCAUCUGUAACGCAGCUUGGAAAGAAAAAAAAUGGAGAUAAAGAUGAUAGCAAAACAUUAGCCAGACAUCAGGAUUUUUAUGUUUGUAUUUUAUUUUAACAGGUGUCCUUUUUUAUUCCGGAAAGAUUUAGAGAAAGAGUGUUUAUUUUAUUUUUAUUUUAUUUUUUUGUCGCUUUGAGUUAUCAUGAAGGGCACCCAUUCUUCCACCACAAGCCGGAGGAGGGGGAGCAGCAGCGGGGCAGUCAGGCUGCUCUACCCGCUGCUCGGUGCGUGUCUCUGGGCUGCGGUGGUCGGAUACAAGCCGGUGAUCAUUGUGCACGGUCUCUUCGACAGCUCAGGGGAUUUUAAAAACUUACUACGCUUUAUUAACGAGUCUCAUCCUGGAACAAACGUGACGGUCCUCGACUUGUUUGACAGAAGUGCCAGCCUGGAGCCCAUGUGGAAACAGGUGGAGGGUUUCAAAGCAGCUAUUUACCCAAUAAUGCAAAACGCAGCAGACGGAGUCCACUUCAUCUGCUACUCUCAAGGUGGGCUGAUUUGCAGGGGGAUCCUCUCCACUCUGUCUGACCACAACGUCCACUCCUUCAUCUCUCUGUCCUCGCCUCAGGCCGGGCAAUACGGAGACACAGAUUACUUGAAGUACCUUUUUCCUCAGUUUAUGAAGUCCAACCUCUACCACCUCUGCUACACUGGAAUAGGACAGAGGAUAUCUAUCUGCAACUACUGGAACGACCCACACCACAGGGACCUGUACGUGAACAGCAGUGAUUAUUUGGCUCUGCUCAACAGUGAGAGACCAAAUCCAAAUUCAACAGAGUGGAAGAAAAACUUCCUCAAAAUCCAAAAGCUGGUGUUAAUCGGAGGCCCAGACGACGGAGUCAUCACUCCCUGGCAGUCGAGUCAGUUUGGAUUUUAUGACAACAACGAGACCGUCGUUGAGAUGCAGCACCAAGAUCUCUACUUAAGGGAUGUUUUCGGCUUGAAGACGCUGGCGGCUCGGGGGGAUCUGAUCUUGUGCUCUGUUCCCGGCGUCGUACACGUCCUUUGGCACUCGAAUGAGACUGUAUUUCACUUGUGCAUGGAAAAGUGGCUGGUGUAGAACACAACUCUUAUACAGCACACACACACACACACACACACACACACACACACAGCAUCAGAUCAGUAGUCAGAUAAGCUCCUCAUAACAUAUGAAACUCUGCCUCUACAACCACUGUAACGUUUACUCACAAACAUUUCUGGAUCUACUCUUGAGAGGGUAAUCUCAUUUUUUGGAUUACGACUCUUAGAAAUCAAAUGGCAAUCAAACAGUAUUGCCAGUAUUUUGAGGCAAGUUUUCCUUGUACUGUCUGUUGAUUGGGUUUGUUUCUGUAAGUAUCUUUUCUGUGUUAUGCGCGCAUGUUAAUUACUGGGUUACUUGUCAAUAUGUAUUUCAAACUACUGUAGCUGCUGCUGGAAAAAUCCAACCCAUAACUGUGUGAGCUGGAGGAUUUUUUCCUCAGAAACGACAUACAGUACGAGGCACAAACCGUCAAAAGCAUCAAAUUUUAACACUUUAAGAGACUUGGUAUAAGUUUAACCACUGUUAUGUAAUUACAGAAAACAGAGAGGAAACAGAAAAGUAAAUCAGACAUUAAAGGGGACAUAUUAUGCAAGUUCCCAGGUUUAUA